UUAUUCAUUUGUAUAUUUGUAUAUUUGUGUGUAGAAAAAUGGCGUCCACGCUCAUUUCACAUUCAAAACGCGACUUUGAUAAAUCUUUAAAGAACUUUCCAAAAACAAUUUUUUACCAUUUUUAAUAACUUUUGGGAUUUAAGUCUCGAGCUUACAUAUAAAAAUUAAAAAAAUUUUUUCUAAAAAUGAUUGCGGGUUGGACCUUGAGAAGUUGGACCUUCGUAAAUUUGUGGGCAAAAAAUGAAGGAACAAAACAUGGGGAUAUAUACUCUCACUCACUUAUACUUAUUUGUACAUUUGCUAUUUGUGUUGAAAAACUGAUUUUUAUGUGUCUGUAUUGGACGAGAACGGAUUUAAAAUAAUCUGUACAUUUAUUUUAAUUAUUUUUGCAGAUAAUAUUCUUUGAUUCAUUCCAAUUAAAUAUUAAAAAAUGUCUUCCGACGACGACCAUUUGGAUACAACAGGACAACAAAAUGUAGACGAAGCGCAAGCUGAUUCUAUGCAAGAAGAGGAAGAAGACGAAGAGGAGGAAGGCUUUGAAGGUGGAAAUUAUGGAAUGGAAGGAAUGGGGGAAUCUGCUUUUGGAGAAGCUGGUAAUUUCGUUUAAAAAUAUUUUUUG